AUGAAGGUUCUCUUCCUGACCCUUUUCCUUGCUGUGGUUUGUGCUGCACAAGAGGAGGAAGCUGAGCAAAGCCUUUCAGAGCUUUCAGGACAAUGGAGAACAGUGUACAUUGGAUCCACUAACCCAAAGAAAAUCCAGGAGAAUGGACCAUUCAGGACUUACUUCCGUAAACUCGUGUUUGAUGAUGAAAAAGGCACAGUAGACUUCUACUUUUAUGUCAAGCGUAAUGGAAAAUGGAAGGAUGUACAUGUCACGGGAACAAAGCUUGAUGGUGGCACUUUUGCUGUUGAGUAUGAGGGUCAAAAUGAAUUUAAAGUUAUCUCUGCGUCGAAAACGCAUCUGGUAGCACAUGACGUCAACGUGGAUGAUGACGGCAACAGGACAGAAUUGACCGGACUAUUCGUUAAAUUGAAUGUUGAAGAGGAAGGCUUGGAGAAAUUCAGGCAGCUGACAGAACAGAAAGGAAUUGAGGAGGAAAAUGUUGUGAAUUUCAUCGAAAAUGUUGAGCUGAAGAUGCUUCUUAAUGACUUGGAUCACUGGGAAUCAAAGCUGAGUAGCACCUUCGUCAAUUCGUAG